AUGGAUUCUGGAAUACCGCUAGUGGUAGAUAAUGGCAAAGGUGUAAUCUUUCCGUGUCUUGUUGGCCGCCCUAUCCUUCGAGCAGAACUAUGGGUUGGCACUGCAGUGAUCAAGGAUAUCAUGGUUGGAGAUGAAGCUGCCCAAAAUCGGAACUAUCUCCAAGCAACACAACCAAUGGAGCAUGGUAUCAUGAAGAAUUGGGAAAAUAUGAAGCAUCUUUGGGAUCACGCGUUUGAUGAGAAGCUUAAAGUUGAUCCAAGAGGAAGAAAAGUGUUAUUGACUGAGCCGCCAAUGAACCCAAAAGCGAACAGGCAAAGGAUGUGUGAGGUAAUGUUUGAAGAGUACGGUCUUGGAGGUGUAUAUGUUGCCAUUCAGGCUGUGUUGACUCUAUAUUGGCUUCGAUGUUAUCUGUUAGGUCUUACAAUGGGUGUUGUCAUUGACUCUGUCCCCAUUUACAAUGGAUUUGCCUUACCUCAUUUAGCGCGAGAUAUUACCGGAUAUUUAAUCAAACUGCUUCUCAUGCAUGGUUAUGCCUUCAGCCGAACUGCUGAUUUCGAGACUGUACGAGAGAUCAAAGAGAAAUUAUGUUAUGUUAGUUGCCUGAUAGUCCGUUCAGAGCGAUUUGAAGCACCAGAAUGCAUGUUCCAGCCACAUCUGGUUGACGUAGAACAGCCUGGUGUAGCAGCUGAGCUAUACAAGCAUGUCAUCCUUUCCGGUGGAUCAAGCAUGUAUCUCGGUCUUUCCAGUUGUCCAGAGAAAGAGAUGAAACAGUUGUAUCUAACGUGUAUCCUGAAUGGUGAUCCAUCGAGAUUGAACAAAUUCAAAAUCAGAAUCGAAGACCCUCCUCGACGAAAGCAUAUGGUUUUCCUCAGUCGCGCAGUCCUUGCUGACAUCAUGUGAGGCCGCGAAGAAUUCUGGAUAUCACGAGAGGAGUGGUUCGAGCAGGGU